AUGGUGGGACGAGAAACCAUGACAUCAGGAGCGAACAGUCGGCCGUCUAGCAAAGAUGGCUCCAAGAAGAACAUCUGGUCCUCGGUGUUAGAUACCGUUGCCAACGGCAAGCGCUUGCCCGAGAAGAACUUGCUAGUGCUAGGUGGCACGCCAGACAGUCAAAGGGAGUUUCUAGAUACUUUCUCCGCAGACACAUCGGGAGAUCCUAGCUUAGCGAAUGACAAACGGAGAGGCAAAGGAAAACCACCGCCAAUUGCUAAUCAGUUCGCGCUUGGAUACACAUAUCGAGAUGUCCUCGAUGCCGAUAAAGAAGAUACUCUGGCCCGCGUCUCGGCCUACCUCUUAUCCGAACCUUCACCGUCAUUCGCACCCCUCCUUAAACCCCUCCUGACUCCGAAGUCCGUCCCGGAAACGCUGGUUGUGAUCCUGAUGGACUGGUCAGACCCAUGGACAUGGGUUAGGAGACUAAGAGAAUGGACUCGUCUUUUACGUUCAGUGCUUGUCUCACUCGACGACGAAACCAAGUUCGUUAUGGAAGAGACCAUGACUGAGUGGCGCGAUCGCAAAAGGGGAGUUGAUUCCAGUUCUGGAGCUACAGGAGGCAUUUCAACCUCGGGCGGUCCGGUCACAAUUCCUCUGGGACCCGGUGAAUGGGACGAAGGCCUUGGAAUUCCGAUGUGUGUUGUCUGCCAAGGGGCGGAUAAGAUUGAGAAAUUGGAGAAAGACCACGGAUGGCAUGAAGAGCAAUUCGAUUUCGUUCUCCAAUUCCUCAGAACCAUCCUCCUAAAGCACGGCGCAUCGCUCAUCUAUACUACUCCAUUCCUUGCAAACUCUCUCCAGGGCUUGAUACACUCUUCUCUGGGCAUACACUCUCUUCUGAAAAGAGAAUCAUUAAAACACAAUGUGAUCGACCGAGACAAGAUCCUGGUGCCAGCCAACUGGGACUCAUGGGGUAAGAUCCGAAUCAUUCGAGAAGGAUUUGACAUGGAAGGAGUGUCAACAGCAUGGUCAAUUGAGAUCCAGGACCCUCCCGAGUCGAUCUAUCAAUCCACAGACGGCAACCAACAGAGCGAGAACGACCUAGCAGAAGAGGGCACAAGUGCCGUGACCAUGUUUGAACAAACGAUCAGUGAUCCCAAACGAGGCACAGCCAACCCCCACGGCAACACGACUAAAAUCGAGGUUGAGACCACCGAUCUCCAAGAUUUCUUCGCAGUCCAAGUAGAGAAACUGGAAGAGCUCAAAGCCAAGGACGAGAAGGAAAAUUCGAACCAGCCAACCCCACAACUGGAGAUGUCCCCUAUGGCCGACGAGGGCAAAGUCAACGAUCACAUCGGCCCUGUACAAUUCAAUAUGGGCGGAAUUCAAGUGGAUGCUGAUGAUAUGUUGAAAAAGCUUCGAGAUCGCGAGGCUAGCCGCAGCCAAAAGAAAGAAAGUCCAUAUGCAGGUACUGGUGGCAAUGACGAGAAAGCACACAACCAAGCCCUGGCGAACUUCUUUGCUGGGCUCGUCAAGAAGCCUGGCUCCAGCCCUCGUGGGAGCCCCUCGGCUUGA